GGAGAAGGUCCAGACAGGAGCCGGGCAUGUUCAAACAUAUCCAGGCAGAGCAGCCUACCAACCCGCACGGUGUCCUGUCAUUGCGCACAGACGGAACUUGUUGUAAUAGACAAAUGUGUUUAACAUCAUCUUUACUGUAGCUAAUCUGUUUCCCCGUGGGACGUUAAUACGGCAAGACACGAGAUGCGCAUUUAAUAGAUUCAGUAUCUAUCAGAGGAUUAAGUUGUCUAGUGUCUGGUACUGAAGAGGUUCCUUCAGCGUGGAAAUGUCGUUCGCGGCCAAGGCGAUGAGAGACGGACUGCUAGAGAAGCGCAGCAGCGGACUUCUCCAGCUGUGGAAGAAGAAGCGCUGCGUCCUCACUGAGGACGGGCUGCGCCUGCACAACUGCAAAGGAGGCGGCGGUGAUGCUCCGGGUUUGGCGUCGAGCUCCAAAGUCAAGGAGCUUCACUUUGAGCGCAUGGUCACGGUGGACUGCGUGGAGUAUAAGCGAGGGCUGGUGUACUUCACUGUGGUCAUGGUCACGGGCAAGGAAAUUGACUUUCGGUGUCCGCAGGACGGCACAGCGUGGAACGCAGAGAUUGCUCUGGCUUUGGUGCGCUAUAAGAACCUACAAGCCGUGCAGACCGGGAGGAACCGGCACCUGUCUACGGGACACCUGGGCAGCACUGGGGAGGACGAGGAGCUCUGAUUUUCGAAGCCUUCCUACUUCCUUGGAGGGAAUCAAUAAGAAGGGGAAAUUAGUACAACUCACCAGAUCCAGAGGAUGCACAAAAAGGUCAUCAGUGACUGUGGAACAAACGACUGAGAACAAGUGUCACAGAAACUCAUCUUCACUUGCAGCCAGUCAAAGUAUAGGAAUCUGAUAAACUGUGGAUAAAGACUUGGUUUCUGUCCUGAUCUCGUUGCUUAAGGACAAUUUGGAGAC